CUGCCACCACCUUAUCUGAAUUCGCCUUGAUGUAUAGUAUGUAUAUAUACUCUAUUUUCUUCUCUCAAUAAGUGUUUUUAAAAGGAAUAAAUUUAAAAUGUCAUCAUCAAACUCCAAGGAAUUUCUUACCGAGAACCAUUGUUUUACACAUUACGAGAUUAUAAGAAUAAAUUGUACAUGGGUCAUACGUUAUUUUCUUUCUUGUUCUAAUUUAAUAGAUGAAUGGAAGUCUCCAAUAUUUUCUUCCAAUGUAUAUGAAGAAUAUAAAUUCUCUUUAUACAUUAAACGUUCAACUUCAAAUGCGGAUUGGAUCGAAAUCUAUUUAUUGUAUUCAGAUCCCUCCGAAAUUUUAGAACCAAAGCUCAAAUAUAAAUUUUCUAUAUUAAAUGAAAAACAAGAAGAAAAAUAUGGUCAUACAGCUACUAUAAAAGCAGACAGGAAAAAUACUAUGCAAAAAAUUCAUUCCGUUAAAAUUAUAAAUGAUCUGUUAUGUGAAGACAAGUUGACAAUAUGCUUUGAAAUGAGUGUUGCUAAAUUUAUAAAUAUAACCCGUCUACCACUUGCCAUGCCCAAAUCUCAAUUAAACAAAGAUUUCGGAAUGCUAUUUCAAAAUGGAAAACUCACUGAUUUUAUAUUAGUUGGAGGUGGCAAGGAAUUUCAUGUACAUAAAGCUAUAUUGGCCGCACGAAGUAAGGUAUUUGCUGCCAUGUUUGAACAUGAAAUGCAGGAGAAUAAAUUGAAUCGUGUUGAAAUAAUGGAUAUUGAUCCAGAGGUCAUACAGGAAAUGUUACUAUUUAUUUAUACUGGCGUAGUAACAAAACUAUACAAAAUGGCGAAAUUUCUUUUAGUAGCAGCAGAUAAAUACGCUUUGGAAGGUCUAAAGGAAAUGUGUGAGAAAACAUUACUUGACCAACUAUCUAUUGAUAUAGCAGCUGAAACUUUAAUAUUAGCCGAUCGGCAUAAUGCACUCGAAUUAAGAGAAAAAGCUAUAGAAUUUAUAAAUGACAAUUCCAGUGAAGUGGUGAAAACUGAAGAUUGGAAAAAUAUGCAGGAAACACAUCCUUAUUUGAUUGUUGAAGCAUAUCAAAGAAUGGCAAAUGCAUCAAAUACUAAAUAAACUAAUACAAAUGGAGUAAAGAAAUAAGCUGGAAAUAAUUUUUUUUUAAUUUGUUAGCUAUAAGAAUAUACUUUUAUUAAUAAAAAUCUUUAAAAUAUAUAUAAAGUUGUGACUACUAUAGCCCAGCAUACUCUAACUAUACGGAUUGUAGCACAGUGUAUUACUACCAACUAAUUAAUAAGAAUGAAAAGUAAAGGUUUAUAAUAAAUAAUUAUACAUAUUUUUAAAUUCUACAUUAUAAGUAUAUACCUAUUGUUUUUUUUUUUUACAAAAUAUCCAUAUAAUAUAUAAUAACCCUUUUAAUGUCUGUAAUACAGCCUAUAAUACUGACUACUACAUUUAAUAAACUAUUAAAACUUUGUAGCACAGUGUUGCUAUUUUAAACAAAAUCCAACAUGCCCGCCAAAUGACUACCAACUAAACACAGUUAAACGGUAAAUUUCUAUUGUAAAUUAAAAUUGAACUAUUGUGAUUGAAAAAGCCAUUUCAUUUAAUUAAAAAGUCAUAGUUAAAGAGAAAUGUUGUAAAAUUUAAAUAUCAGUGUUUAAUUGCAA